AUGCGAGUGGGCGGCGGCGACGAGUACGCCGAACUGGCUGAGUUGGGAGGCGGUUUUGGCGCAGCGGCGGGCAACAGUGGCGUAGCCUCGGCGCGCAGCCGUCGCGCGGGCGGCCGAUGCGCGCCGGCCGAGGCGGAAGAUGCGCUGGGGCCCUCCAGAGAUAGCCCGAGGCGGCCGAGGUCCGGGCUGUACUACUCGCCGCCCGGAACCAGCUACACGAUCGUGGAGCGACCCAGUUCGGCCCUGCACCACCAUCGCGAGUACCGGGAGCGGGACAGGGAGCACCAUUACAGCUCGUUGAGCAGUCCUAGAGGGACGUACCUUGGUUCGAACCCAAACUUCUCCAGCAUAGGCAGCACCCGCACCCCCUCCAACAACAAGAAGCGGCCCAUCUCGCCCGAACAGGUGCUGCGCCUGUUCGGCAGCACUGCCGCCACCAGCACCAACCACCAUCACCAUCAUCCCCAACAACACCACAACGCUCCCCUCUCCAAAUCCAAUCCGGAUCGGUCCAGACGGUCGCCAGUGAGUAGCCCCCCUUCCACCUCCCAUAACUACCGGCUGCCCGUCUACUCGCCGUCAAUCCACGAGCUGGCCACCAGGACGGUGACGAUGGUGAGGGACCCUCAGGACGGUAGCGGUCACGGGUUCGGUAUCUGCGUGAAGGGGGGCAAAGAAGCUGGUAUAGGCGUGUACAUUUCUCGCGUUGAAGAAGGCAGUGUUGCUGAAAGAGCUGGCCUAAGACCUGGCGAUUCUAUUCUGGAAGUGAACGGUACUCCUUUUACUGGGAUAUCACACGAGGAAGCACUGAAGAUGUUGAAAUCUUGUCGAAAGCUAAGUAUGACAGUUCGAUCGCCCAAUUUACCCGGUGCAGCAUGCGGCGGAGCUCCUUGGCAGAUGAGGCAGACAUGUUCCUGGAUGGACCGACAUGGGAGAUCGGUGUCGCCACCUCUGGAGUACUCCAGAUCGCGGUACGGUCAAAGUAGGGGGUCGAGUAAAGACAGAAGUGUCAGAAGGGUAGAUCUAUGCAUUGAACCUGGGCAGAGUUUAGGGCUGAUGAUACGAGGCGGUGUUGAAUACAAUUUGGGCAUAUUCAUAACUGGAGUUGAUAAAGAUUCAGUAGCGGAUAGAGCUGGGCUUAUGGUUGGCGAUCAAAUUCUAGAAGUGAACGGUCAAUCGUUCAUGGACGUGACGCAUGAUGAGGCUGUUGCACAACUGAAGUACCACAAACGGAUGUCACUGGUGGUAAGGGAUGUAGGCAAAGUACCACACUCGUGCACCGCCUAUGAUAGAGACUUCGAUCUUUGUAGUCCAGGUAGUCGAUUAGCCGCAGCCUCGUGGGCUACUAGAAAGUGGGCUGCAGCUCUGCAAGCUGUUGAGGAAAAAGCUCGAAUAUUGUUGAGCCGACCCGAGUUCGGAGCCCUUGUCUACUAUACGGACGAGUACGCUGCCAGACAUAUGACCAUAGAUGCCUUCGUUGAGUGUAUGACUGAAUUACUAAAUACACCCGAUAAGUACACGCUCAUGACCGAAUUAAGGGAAAUAGUAGCGAUCGAAGACCGACAGAAGUUCGACGAAUUAGUUUACAGACGGAACGAGGAGUCGACAAGGGCCAGGGAUCCUAGGGAAUACGAUUACCGCCAUUCGAGGAGAAAAGGGGGCAUACCUAUUCCAGAAGCUAACCAUUCAACUUAUUCGGGUUUUCACGAGGUAAUUUACAAGGAGGACGAUUAUCGGUCUCCCAGCGAAGAUUCGGGACUAGGAAUGGGAUUUGGAGAUAAACAGAUCCCGAGAAUUCGCCCCCCUAGUGCAUCUGGAAAAACUGUAACAGAAAUAAGCGAAGAUCACCAGAAUCAGGAUUUUGUUAGUGGAGAUGAAGAACAUGCGGUUGGAAGCAGGAGACACUCAAGUCCUGGAGAAUCUCGAUCUGGAUCAACAACACAGCUGCAUCAACAGGAAUAUGCAGAUUCGGACCAGGAAUUAGCCCACAAACUGUCGCGUAGUUUCGACAUGAAAGAGGACUCGUCGAUGCUGGAAGGGGACGGGAUGAUGCGCAGACACCAAUCGAUGCAACGACUGACCAGAGAUGGCGCAGCGGAAUCCAGGGAACCACCGCGCGUCCAAACGGACGAGGAGGGCAAUCUGAGGAUAAUGGUGAAGAAGACGAAACCCAUCCUGGGGAUUGCGAUCGAAGGAGGAGCUAACACCAAGCAUCCUUUGCCAAGGAUUAUUAAUAUUAAUGAAAAUGGAGCAGCUUAUUCUUGCGGAGGCUUAGAAGUGGGUCAACUGAUAUUGCAAGUAGAUGGAACCCGUGUCGAGGGCUUACAACACCAAGAUGUAGCACGACUGAUAGCAGAAUCUUUUGCUAGAAGAGAUCGAAGUGACAUCGAAUUUCUGGUGAUCGAGGCCAAAAAGAGCAACACGGAACCGAAACCGACAGCGCUCAUCUUCCUCGAAGCAUAA